AUGGUGGAACAUGAUGGUUUGAUGCGCGUGUUCUGGCCGACAGACAUUCGCUCGUCCGAUCGCCCUGGCGUAGUCGUUGGCUGGCGCAAUUCAACCCUCGAUGUAUUUGUGGUUGCCGUUUUAGACGACGUGGAUCCUCGCAACGUCGACAUACACCUCAAAUCCAACAGUUUCUUCCGUAGCGGCCCUCAUUCCUCGGGUCGUAUUUACGAACUGUGUGGCCACUCCUCUAUGCACGUACUCGGCGUCUCGAAUGCGACAAAUUACGCCUUGGUAGAUCCAUCGUGGGUCUGCGCGACGACCAGUGCCUCCCGCGAACCUCGGAUUAUUUGUGCUAAAGCUUCAAGCGUGCAAUUGAUUCUAUACGAUCGACCUCGACCCAAAGGCAUGCAAUACAUUUCUCUCAAUCCGAUAUCGCUUGCUCUGGGUGAUAAAUGGUACGCCCUCGAUGAUGGCAAAGGCGAUGGGCCGGAAGGCGAGGAAGAACGCCGCGAGAAGCAACAUCGGGAGGCGAGGCUCAAGUUGGUCAACAAGCUCAAGCAGCACUCCAUAAUUAACCGGCCCGCUUCCGCUCGAGACAAGGCACUCGAAAAGGUCGUUCACCAAGUCAAUUGGUCCUGGGAGCUUGAGCAGACCUUGCAAAAGAAUGCAGGCAAGCUUGGCCCACGCCCCAAGCGAAGUCUUAGCGUGUCCGAGAGAGUUGUCGAAUCUACGGCGGCGGUGCGGAACUACAUCCUCAUGCAGCUGUGGAAUGCCUUUGUCGUCUACAUAUUUCCUAUCAUCCGAAAGGGAUUUGUGAUGCUGCUGUUUAUUCAUCGCGCCAUGGCGGAGAUGCUCCUCACUGUACUUGAGUUUCGCAUGAAGCCAGGCUACGCAGCAGUCAAGGACGUAUCCGCCACUGCGCAACAAAUUGAAAUUCGCCUGCUGCAGUUUUGCUACUGGCCCAUGCAAUAUAUCACGCUCCGGCAGCGCAAAAUGGACUGGGCUAGUGUGACAACCAGCCACCCAGAUUACAUUCGUUUCUACAACAGUCUUUGGCUUGUUGCUAAUGAUGUCAUCAUCGGCAUUGCCAUCGGAUCCUACAUUAUAGAGAACGCGGAUUGGGUAUCCAUGAAGAUCAACGACUUGCUGCGCGUCUACACCGUAGAUGCGUUGCAAAGCAGCAUCUCUUGGCUCAUGGGUUGGCCUGCUGGUCUUAAGCUCAAUGGCGAGCUGGCGAGCUUCUUAGGCGCUCUGUUCCUUUGGGUGAUAACAUACUGGUCAAACUGCAUCGAUGCCCUCGCUCCAGCGCUGCCAAAGGUUGUAUGGUUCAUCGGCUUCUCUUCCUUUGCUGGAGCCAGUAUGCCUUUGGCUAUGCUCUCCGAUCUGCUUUCAGCCCUGACAAUCCACAUCUAUUCCUUUUAUCUUGCGUCGGCUCGUAUAUAUCACUGGCAGCUGACGAUUUUGCAAUCGCUCUUCCAUCUCUUCCGUGGGAAGAAACACAAUGUCCUACGCAACCGUAUCGAUUCCUGCGACUACGAUCUCGAUCAACUUCUUGUCGGCACGAUUCUGUUCACGCUCCUGUCGUUCUUGCUCCCGACUGUUGGUGUCUUUUACCUUAACUUUGCGAUUGCCCGCAUGAUGAUCAUUUCGAUGAAGGCAGGAUUCGACACCUUGCUCUCGUGCCUGAACCAUUUCCCAUUAUUCGCCCUUAUGCUUAGAGUCAAGGAUUCUAGGCGACUCCCCGGUGGCAUCCGGUUCGAACUGCGUAAUGCCCACGAUAAUAGACCCCUUAACCUUAAUGCUAAUGAACCUCCGAUAUCGGUCAUUUACCUCAAGUCUGUGCCUCUUUCGUUCAAAGCCAUGUUCAACCAAUAUUUUCAGAUGGCCGAGCGAAUCCGCAAGCAUUAUCUCUCACCGCGCGUACUUCUGUGCCUUUUGACAGGGCAGUUUGUACCGCCAAUUAAUCGACGCAACCUGUACAGCCUCCAAUACAGCAUGCUCCCGGCCCGACGAGCGGACAUGUGGGAGAUGUGGCAAGCGCUGAACGCGGAGACGCCGCAGACGAAGCCUUUCCAGCUGCCCAAUAUACCGCCACUGACAAACGGUGGCGGGCGGCGGGGCAUGAAUGGCCGACUUAGAGUACCCAAUUAA